AACUGUCAAUUUUCAAUUGGGACACCAUUUUAGUCACAGAAUUUUAGUACUGUGCAUAAGUGUGACUGUUAUGAACGGUUUUGUUUGAAUAAACCUAAUGACCACUUUGUGAAUUUUUGAGAAAUUGAAUAAUUUAAAAUGACUACGUGUUGUUCGGUUUCUAUAUCUGAUGAAGAUCAUAAUUCAGUCAAUAAACAGGCUCAAAAAAAAGAAAUGAAAUGGACAAAAAGAAAAAAUAUGGAUCACAUAGAAUCGGAAGAACCAACUGUACCGAAGGUCAAAAAACGUCGAAUCGCUGAAUCUAGAUUAGAUGUGAAAAAUAAAGAUUGUGACAAUAUAUCUGAAACUUUAUGGACAGAUUACGAACUUUUAGCAGAUAGAAUGAAUUUAAGCUCCGAAAUUGCUAAAAAUGUAUCCAAUCUUUUUGAUAAUGGUAGUACUAUACCAUUUAUUGCUAGAUAUAGGAGAAAUGUCACAGGUAAUAUGUCUCCAGAGUUAUUGAGGGAGGUGAAAAAUAACUAUGAUGAUAUUUGUAUGUUGAAAACGAAAAUCAAGACUGUACUACAUUCCUUGCAGAAAGCAGGACACCUGAACAAAAGACUUGAAAAUAUAGUAAAAUCUUCAAAGACAUCAGAUGAAUUGGAAAUCAUAUAUGCUCCUCUUAAGCCAGAAGGAAAAAGAACUCAUGCAGAACGAGCUAAAGCCUUAGGUUUGGAACAACCUGCUUUAGAUUUAUUAUAUAACACUUCUGAUGUAGACCUAACAUUUUGGGUUAAUAGUUAUAAAGAAGACUUAGAAACUCUUACCAAAGUUGAGAAAGGGAUCAUUCAUAUCAUUGCACAUAAAGUAGCAACAGAUGCAGAUGUUCUCGAAUUUUUGAGGGAAAUUCGAAGGGAUAGUAACAUCACAAUUGAAACCAAAAAAAAGCAAUCCAAACAAACCGGGGAAUCGAAGAAAAAACAAAUCUCAGAAGAAUCAGUAGAUGAAUUGAAAUACAAACUUUAUUUUGAUUUCAAAAAUACAAUACACAACAUUAAACCUCAUCAGGUUUUGGCCAUCAACAGAGGUGAACAUUGUAAAAUAUUGUCAGUGAAAAUAAGUAUCCCGAACUUUGUAAAAGAUAGAUUCCACCAAAUUUGUUCUAAGAAAUGGAUAAAUCAUGGUCGAUAUAAUGUAAAUAGGAGACGUAUAUUGGAAGAAGCUAUGCAAGAUUCAUAUAUUCGACUAGUUCAUCCGUUACUGGUAAGAGAAAUACGGACAGAGUUGAAUACUAUGGCAGAAAAAGCAUCAUGUGACGUUUUUAGUAAAAACUUGAAACAAAUAUUAUUAGCAAAACCAAUAAAAGGACAAACCAUUUUAGGAAUAGAUCCUGGUUUUGCUCAUGGCUGUAAGAUAGCAAUAAUAUCACCCACAGGAAUAGUAUUGGAUCAUGGAGUUAUUUAUCCCCAUUCAUCCCAAUAUAAAAAAGCUACUGCUGAAAAAUAUUUGAAAAAUAUGUUACAUAAGAAUAACUGUUCAUUGAUAGCACUGGGAGAUGCUACCGCUAGCAAAACAACGGAGAAAUGGUUAACUGACUUAAUCAAGGAUAGAUAUUUUCAUCCAAUUGAUGUGAAAUACACGAUAGUUAGUGAAGAUGGGUCAUCAGUUUAUUCUUGUAGUCUAGAAGCAAAAAAAGAGUUUCCAGAUUUGGAUACCAACGUUGUUAGCGCAAUUUCAUUGGCAAGAAGAAUUCAAGAUCCUAUGGCUGAAUUGGUAAAAGUAGAACCUAGACACCUAGGAAUUGGAAUGUAUCAACAUGAUCUUAAAAAAAAGACUUUGAAUGCAGCUUUGGAUGAAGUUGUUUCUGAAUGCGUCAGUUUUGUAGGAGUGGAUUUGAAUACUGCAUCACAGUGUUUAUUAAGGCGUAUCGCAGGUUUGACAGAUAAACGAGCAACAGAAAUAGUUAAAUACAGAGAAAAGAACGGACCCUUUGUAACUCGAAAAACAUUACUAAAAGUAAUGGGCAUAGGACCAAAAGUAUUUGAGCAAUGUGCCGGUUUUUUGAAAAUUUGUCCAUUGACAUCCAAAUCAGAAAAUAACAAACUCAACAAAUUAGAUCAAACUAUAAUUCAUCCAGAAUCGUAUGAUAUAACGAAAAAGUUUUUAGAAAGACUUGACUUGAAAAUUGACGACAUAGGUGAAAGUAAACUAAUAGAUAAGAUAAAGUCUAUAAAGACUGCGUUAGUUGAAAUAUCUAAGGAGCUAAUUACUAAUGUAGAAACUUUAGAUCUAAUUUGCAAUGCUCUUGAAAAACCUUUGAACUAUGAUCUUCGAUGUGAGUUCCCACAAGCUACCUUCUUUUCAACAGGUCUAAAUAGUAUUAACGACCUCAGUAUUGGUAGUAAAGUUUUAGGUAGGGUGAAAAAUGUUACCCAUUUUGGUUGUUUCGUGGAUAUAGGUGUUGGUAAAGAUGGCCUGAUCCAUUGCAGCAAAUUAAAUGACUUUUACCUCCAAAUUGGAGACAAAAUAGAAGGGGAAAUUUGCUCCUUGGAUCAUCAAUCUCAACGAAUUGGUAUCAAGCCACUGAAAAAAAUUUAGCUCAAUGACCUUUAUUACAUUAAUUGAUACAUACCUUGAUAACCGUUUUUUGCUAUAGGUAGAACUUAAAAUAUAAGAAAUUUGUAACUUUUUUUAAAUAAACCCUUCUAUUUGUCACUUGUUCACCAAAUUUCACCAAUUUUUUGUAUUAUGUUUUGAUUUGCUGAUUCACUAAUUCACUAAACUUGGAGAAUGCUAUUGAUGGGGUAUGUUCCUUUCCAUUUUAAUGUAUCUCAAAACUAGAGAAUUAAAAACACAUACACAUGUCACUUAUAAUAAA